GCACCGGGAAGCCCUUAAGAGGCGGUGCAGGGCACGGGGCACAAACAGCCGCACACCUGCAGCCAUGACCGUCCCCAUCGCCAAGUCCUUCUAUGACCUGAGCGCCACCUCCUUGCAGGGGGAAAAAGUGGAUUUUGGUGUUUUCCGGGGCCGCGUGGUCCUGAUCGAGAACGUGGCUUCGCUCUGAGGCACCACGGUGCGGGAUUACACCCAGCUCAACCAGCUCCAAGCCCGCUACCCCCGGCGGCUGGUCGUGCUGGGCUUCCCCUGUAACCAGUUUGGAUACCAGGAGAAUGGCACCAACGAGGAGAUCCUCAACACCCUGAAGCACGUGCGGCCGGGGGGCGGCUUUGAGCCCAACUUCACCCUGUUCCAGAAGUGCCAGGUGAACGGGAACGACACCCAUCCCGUGUUCGCCUACCUCAAGGCUCACCUGCCUGCACCGGCUGACGAGGCCGCACACCUGAUGGCUGAGCCCCGCUUUGUCACCUGGAGCCCUGUGCGGCGCUCCGAUAUCUCCUGGAAUUUUGAGAAGUUCCUGGUGGGGCCUGAGGGGGAACCGUUCCGGCGCUACAGCCCCCGUGUGCCCACGGCCCAGCUGGAGCCCGACAUCCAGCGUCUCCUCAAGCUGGCCAAGUAAUCCUAGCUCCAGUGUGAUCCUGGCUCUGGUGUGACCCUGGCUCAGGCGUCACCCCGGGAUGGCCCCAGCUCUCCGCAGAGUGACAGCCCCCUCCGAAACCUCCAUGGGGACGGGGCUUGAUGGGGGCAGAGGGUUGGAGCCGCCGGGGCGGCGUGGGCUGGUGGCAAUAAAUGAGCCGGAGGGAGCGUGCCUGGA